AGUGUGGCGGGGUGGACGUAUCGCGGCGCUCCCGGGAGUAUUCAGGGGGACUAGGAGGACUCUGGGGGGGAGUUAAGAUGAGAGAUGAAGCCCAACCCAGCCCGGUGGAAGUGUGUGGAGAGUACUCCCCCGGCGGCGUAUCAUGGCCUCGUCCUCCACAGUGCCCUGAGCCCAGUUCCUUGGAAGUAAGUAGCAGAGGGUGAAGUGUGUUGGCGAGUCCGUGGAGACACCAGAUUACCUGCUCGUCAUCCGCUGCUGUUUGAAGUUGGUCACCAUGAGGUGGGUGGAGUUAGCGGUGUGUGUGUGUGAGGCAGGAGAGCGGUCAUCAUGUGUUGUGUCGGCCUGCACGUAGCCCCGGCAUCAUGGUGGUGCUGUGUGGUCGCCUCGAGGUGGUGGUAGUGGAGGCCUGCAACCUCCCGAACCUCGACCAGAGCCUCCUCCGCCCAGACGACAAGAGUGACCCCUACUGUCUGGUCGAAGUGCAGACGGGCAGUGGUAGCCUCUUUAAAAUUGGCAAAACAUUCACUAUAGACGAUUGUCUCAAUCCCAAGUGGUAUUUUAAAAUAGCCGCCGAUGUUAGUCAGGACGUAGCCGGCCUGAGGUUUACAGUGAAAGACAGGGACUUGUUGUCGUCAGAUACAAUUGGUAGCUGUUUUCUUCCAGUGCAUACUUUUGUAGGCAGUAUAACGUCUCACAAAGCGGAGCUUCCUCUAGUGAAUCAUAAAGGCUUUCAAGCUGGAACCCUCAAAGUAACCGCGUCCUUCACAACCGCAGGAGACCAGCCAGACCCGACGUUUGGGGACCGUGCGUGGACCAAGGCCACCGAGCUCAAAGAACGUGUGUCGAGAAAAAUUUCCAAGUACGGCGAUACAAGUGACUUAGUUAACUCGUUUAGCGACAUGGCAUUCCUACAUGGUGUGCUGGACCUCACACUGGUGCGGGCCAACAACUUGCCCAACCUGGACAGUUCAAUCCUUAGUAUUAGCAAGAAGGAUGUGUCGGAUCCAUUCGUUGUAGUGAGUCUGGAGGAUGUCGAUGGAGAACCUUGGAAGGUUGCUACCACCCAAGUCAUCGACAAUGAUCUCAGCCCAAUUUGGGACGAGACUUUCAGAGUCGACAUUUGCCAUGAUGUCUCCUCCAUCACCUUCACUGUUCGAGACAAGGAUUUUAUCUCUUCAGAGCAGAUAGGCUCUGUUUCAUUUCCAGUAAGUACCUUGGUUACGGAGAAUGGAGUAAGCGGAACCUUUGACUUGUUACGGGAAAACAAGAACAAACGAGCUGGUACUCUCACCCUAUCUAUGCUUUACUACCCUAAACAGGCUGUACAGCACUCGUUUGAAGUCCCCAUGUGUCUCUUUCCCCUCCGCCACAAUAACGAGGUGAGGCUGUAUCAGGAUACACACUGCCCUUACCUUCCACUACCUCUUGCAGACUACUAUGGUAAUCCUUAUCUGCCGCGCAGUACAUGGAGGGAUAUUUACCAUACCAUCAUGGAAGCUACUCAAUUUAUCUACAUUGUUGGGUGGAGCGUGAGUGCUAAGAUUGCUCUGCUGAGGAAUGAGGGUGACGACAACCGCUCUCUUGGCGAGAUGCUCAAGCAAAAAGCCUACGAAGGUGUAAGAGUUCGUCUACUCUUAUGGGACGAGCUUACUUCAAAUGAUUUACGUAAGACUGGUGCAAUGAGUACUGAAGACGAAGAAACCUGCAAUUUCUUCAAGGGCACUCCUGUUGUAGUUGUGUUGGCUCCUCGAGACCGCUACACAAAGGACAUGUUCUCUACGAAGACGCACUUCACUUCACUUUGCUACACACACCACCAGAAAUGUGUCAUUGCAGAUGCACCCAUACAAGAAAUGCCAAGUCAGAGGAAGGUGGUAGCCUUUGUAGGGGGCCUGGACCUAACGGGUGGCCGGUACGACUCUCCUGGCCACCCGUUGUUCAGCACAUUAGUAAAAGAACACAAGAAUGACUUCCGUAAUCGCGUAUUUCCGACCCUAACCAGCGCUAAUGGACCACGGGAGCCCUGGCAUGAUAUCCACUGUCGCAUAGAAGGCCCAGCUGCUCAUGAUGUCUUGAUGAAUUUCUUGCAGCGUUGGCGAAAACAAGCAGCAGACCACAUGGAUGCCAUUGUUCCUUUGAAUCAAAUGGAUGGCAUCGCCAUGGACUACUAUUCAACUGCUCCUGACCGUUGGAGCGUGCAAAUAUUCCGAUCCAUCAACACUGACUCGGCUCAGUUUGAUUGGUCAGUUGCUGCGGGACUAACAAAGAAGAAAGGCCGUGCGUUCGACAACAGCCUUCACCGUGCAUACAUCCACCAUAUCCGACGGGCUCGACGCUGCAUCUACAUUGAGAACCAGUACUUCAUAGGCAGCAGUCACAUGUGGCCGGAGUGCCGUGACGCCAAGUCUGGCAACCUUGUUCCUCUGGAGAUUGCUACGAAGAUUGAGGAGAAGAUCAAGAACGGAGAACGCUUUGUCGCAUACAUUUGUAUCCCAAUGUUCCCCGAAGGCAAACCUGCAGACAAGGUAACACAAGAGAUGCUGCACUGGCAGCUGCGUACCAUGCAGAUGAUGUACAGCCGUGUAGCAGCAGCCAUCAAGCAGGCCGGGAUAGAUGCCCACCCUCAGGAUUAUAUUCUCUUCCUGUGUCUAGGGAAAAAGGAACCUCCUGAAGCAGUUCCCCCAGAGCUUGUAUCUCCAGAGGACCCCUCAACAACUUUAGCUUUUGCCAAUCGCCGCCUUAUGAUUUAUGUACAUUCAAAAAUGGCCAUAUUUGAUGAUGAGUAUAUCAUCAUUGGUUCAGCCAACAUCAAUGAUCGUUCACUGAGUGGUAACCGUGAUACUGAAAUUGCAGCUGGAUCUUUUCAACCCAUGCAUGUUGAAUCGGGUAGCAACCUUGCACAGGGAGAUGUAGGGAUGUUCCGACGUGCUCUAUGGGCUGAGCACAUGGGUGAAGCCGCACCAGUAAAUUCAGAUCCUGGCUCUAUUGAAUGUGUGCGAACUGUACGUAUGCUGGCUGAAGACUCCCUCCGUGCCUAUAUUGAGCCUGGUGAUGCCCCUACACCACGAAACAUGCUACUAUAUCCCCUUCAGAUAAAUCCAGAUGGGACAGUGACGCCACGCCCUGACUGCCCUACAUUCCCAGAUACAGUUGGAAGUGUGUUGGGAGCCAGGUCAAAGGUUUUCCCAAGUUCCCUUACCACUUGAGUAUACAUCAAUAUGAAACUAUUGGGCUCGGUCAAUGUCCCCAUUAAAUUAACAUGAAGAACUGGCUUGAUGGUACAGAUCAUUUAUGAAACCUUUCCUCUUUUUUAAGCAUUUAAAUUUUUCCUUUUGUCUGCCCUAUUUGUUUUAAUGACAUUUUGCACACAUUGGACAUAGCUUAUACUAACCUUUCCCAGACAUUAAUUAUGAAACAUGUAUAAAAAAAUGUAAUAUAUAUAUAUAUAUAUAUAUAUAUAUAUAUAUAUAUAUAUAUAUAUAUAUAUAUAUAUAUAUAUAUAUAUAUAUAUAUAAUACAUAUAAUACAUAUAUAAUACAUAUAUAAUACAUAUACAGUAUACAUGUGAAUGAACUGAGAUAACCUUUCAAUUUCAGAAACUAAUAGCUUUGAGGCACUUAAUUCUGACAUAAUGAGUGAUAUGAUAUAUUGUGCAUGCAUUGUUCCCCAAAAACUCAGUACAUAUUUUAGAUUGAAUGUGAUGAGUAAUUUGUUGAGCAACCAGACCAGCCUGAAUAAUGCAGUAUAUAGCUUUAUCAGCCAAGGUUUGGGUGGUGUUUAUUUUCCUUUUAGUUUGGAGACCAGCAAAGCCACCUAAAAAAAAAAAAUAGAUGUCCAAUUGUGCUUGAUUGUAUCUUCCAGGUGUUAUAAUCCAAUUAUAUAGGCCUAAAUAAUUUGAUCUGUUUUCUUUGCAAGAGCAAACAGUUGACAGAAUUACCAUUUCCUUUUGGGUGCUGCUCAUUUCAACUCCCAUCAUUUGCUUAAUGUAGUUCCAGCAAUUUCCAGUCCACCCCAAAGAUAGUUGCUUAGUAGCAUGUAAGAACAUUAACUUCAUUAUUACAAUACAGGUCCAAACUCUUAAGUAAUGCUCAUUGCCUAUCAUUGAUGGUAAUUCGUUAUUAGAUGCUCAUUUACAAAUAAAAAAAUGAGGCAGCAAUGGUGCUUUAAAAAUUUGGACCCAUUGUGUCAUAUGUGUUGAUUAAUGUUACAUGUCUUCUCUUCCAUUUUGUAUGCAGUAAAUUUGUCAACUGGGAGGAAGUGGUGGGAAGGACAGGUUUAUUAAGUGUGAAGAGUUAUACCCUGUUAUAGGCCACGUUCAUUUCAUCGUAUUUCUGCAGUUGGAAGAAAACGUGCACAGAGUGGGGGACUUAUUUUAUUUUUAUAAUAAUAAUUAAUUAUUAAAUACAAAUAAUUAAUUAAUAAUAAUACUAAUAAAUGAUUAAUUAUAAUGAUAAUCUUUAAAUGAAGAAGCAUAAUAGCUAAUUAUAAUGAAUAAAAUAGAUAAUUAAAGUGGAUAAUUAUGGUGACUAAUAAUGAUUAGUGAAUAACUAUAAAUUAUUAUACAGAAAUAAUAUUAAUGGAUUGCCGUUAUAAUGAUAAUGUAUUAAAUCAAUUACAGUUAAUAGUUACAUCUCUUAUUAGUAAUUGAAAGUUGCAUUAUUUGAAUUUACACUAAUUACAAUUCUUGUUAUUCUUGGCUUAUCACUUUGGGGGUUCCGUCGGAGCACCCCCAAUCCCGUGAGGGCCAGCGGUGCGGAACCCCGGUUUUGUAGUGUAUCAGCCGAGGAGGAGGCGAACGAGAGGUCGCAGAGUCCGCGGGCGUGCUUUUAAGUACCCCGCUCGGUGCGUGCGCAACUCAGGCGGUUAGACUCGACGCGUAGCAGUACGUUUUCUUCCCACAGAAACUUCACCGCUUUGAGAAGCGGUGUCUAUUUUUUGUUGCCCAACAUGAACAGUGAUGUGAUGUGAUGAAUUCAGCAAAUGAGUUUUAAAAUAAUGUAAAAUAAUUCACAAGUGCAUUUAAAGGCAAUGAAUUUCAUUGCAUUUACAUCUUAGACAUUUGCAAUACAAGUUCAAACACUGAUGAUGAACAAUGAUGCGAGAUAAGAUAUUGUAGAACGUGAUCAAAAUAAGUGAUGAAAUAAGGUGUAGUAGUAUUAUGGAGUCAAGAUUUAUAAAUGACCCAGAUGAAGGUUGAUACUCGUUGUGACUACAUUAAUUAAUGAUGAUUCUGGUCAUCAUUGAAUUGAGCAAGGUGGUGGUGUGUGCAAAGUGUGCCAGGCAUCUUAAGUGUGAGUGAUUUUUUAGUGCAUGUGCUACACUUUUAAUUUCUUUGUAAUGGGUUUUAUCAUCAGUUGAGACAUUUUUAGAUUUUAUCAUUAAUUAUAUUUAUAUUAUAUUUUAUCAUUUAGAUAAUAUCAUGACUGAAGACUGCAUUUUAAUUGUCUACAUUCAUUUAAAUCUUUUUUGUAUAUUAUACUAUUUGGUUUUAAUUAUUGUGAGGGCAAAAGUAUGAGGUAGUGAUGGUAAUCUGAAACUAAAAGUGAGUAAUAAUGAAGCUCCUACUUUUUAGCUAUGAUUCAAGCCACUGAUUAUGUGUUAUGGUUAUAUAAAUUAUUACCGGUACUUAAUAAAAUAAGUAAAGGAAGACAUAUCACAACAAUUGUUCUCAAGAGACUUUUGUCACGUUUACAGAAAAAUGGCUUCCUAUUUAAAGCGAGACAUGACAGUUUUUUUUUUAAUUGGAUGUUAUAGAAGAUAGGAUAUAUUUUAUUAUAAAUCAUCUUAGCACUCCAAUUUUAAUCUUUUGCUAUAUACUUAUACCACUCCAGCUGAACUAAGCUGCUUGUUGAACAAGUGUGUAAUGAUAAGAGAUAAUUAACCAUUUUUAAGGAAAACAUUUAUAGUAAUGAAUACACUUGUAAGGUGUUUCAUUAGCAACAUCAGUGUUUGUCAUGAACACACCCAAAAGUUCUGUGCCAGAGAAGACGGAUAAUGUUGCAUCGCUAUAUACAGUUUAUGCUAUUGAAUUACUUCAGUAGUAUAUGUAAUUAAGCUUUGAAUUCCUUCAAAUCAUAUUCAAUUUAUAUUAAGAAAAGUUUCAUUAUUGAAUUUGAUAUGCUCUGUAGCUUAAACAACAUUCCAACUUCCAUCAGAUUGGUUCACUUUUUUAGGGAGGUGGGGGGGAAGGGCAAAUUUCUUUUGCAGGAGUGCCAGUAAUUGAUCACUGAACCCUCUUCAUCAGAAUUGUGGAUAUCCCCCUUUAUGCCUGGGAUUAUGUUCUUUGCAAAUUUUAUCAUCAUUCAUAUUCAGAAUUAUAUUUCAACACCAUACAGUAUAGCCCAUUAUAUUGCUGAAUAAACACAAAUUAUUUGUAUUGAUAUUUGGAUUUAUUGUUUUAUUAAGCAAAUUUGAUUGUAAUAGGAUAUAAUGUACCAGUUCCAUAUUGUAUUUUCAAAUAUGUACAACUGUAUAAUAAUUUGUAUUGAUUCCAAAGCAUAAAAUCUUUGGUCAUUAUUUGACAUAAUUUGACUAAGUGCCAGCAACAAUUUAUUGCACUUUAAUUAAAUACAGUAUACCUGUAUCAUAGAAUAGUGUAUAUUAGCUACAAUUACUUAAUACAGUAUAACAAUUCAGCAAUAUGAAAUAUAUACAUUUUUAUCACUGCAACUGCUGAAGAGAUUAUGGGUUGUGAUGACAUUGUGAUUUCUGAACAGCACCAGGCUAAUCUAGUCUUUGGUUUGGCUGUGGGAGAAGAACCUUCAAAACUAGUCAUGGGCAAAUCAAAAAAUUUUUUUAUAAAAAAGAUAUACAUUCUUAAUAGUUAGUGCAAGACAAACAUUAUGAAUGCUACAUUAUUAGCGGUAUGGAUUGUAUUUGAGGGUUUUUGAUUAUGCUACGAAGGCCGUGCGAUGUCAGCCCGUAGAUGAAUGUGAUCGCACAAUUUUUAACUUCACUUUCAUCCUCUUGUUCACAAUUUUUGCAAGUGCAACUUUAUUAACAGUAUUACGUAAAUAUUAUUGCUAGUUUAUCUCUCUUAUCCAUGUUGACUAAACAGGAAUAAGGAUUUUUAACAUUUUUGAAAUAUUAAUAUAAAGUUUUAGCAUUAACUUUUUUAAUGACUGCAUCAAGUCUUCUUUCUUAAGGGGGUUUCAUAUGGGCUUUAGUUGAUUUUAGAUAUGGUAAUUUAAUAAUUAUGAUAAUUUAUGCAACUUGCAUUCAGAACUUCUGACAUGUUAUGUACAUCGCCCACAAGGUGAAAUUAUUGUCAUGUCAUGAAAUGUCUUAAGUAUUGUUAACUAGUAAAAUUUUUUGUCAGAAUUGUCUUAAAACUUUUUCUCUAGUGUGGUAUUGAUUAAUUUAUGAAGAGCAAAUAGUGAAGAAUUUUCUCUGGAUAAAAUGAAUGCUUUAAGCCUAGCACAAGUGACUUAAUUGUCACCAGUGGUCCUGUGGACAGGUGUGUGUGCACAGGACCUCAUGCCAGUGAUAUUGGGCAAGUUCAGUAGUUGAUCUAGGGGUCCUCGAUCAGCCCGACAGGCUUCCUGUCCCCGACUAUUGAAAACCAUUAGCGGUGGCAAAUAUACUUUUUUAUACUUAAAAAAAUAUAAUAAAAUGAAGUAAAGUUUUAUGAUAGUAGAUAAAGUAUUGUACAGUACUGGGCCAUGUUCACAAGCCUGCACAUAAUUAUUAAUUUUAUGAGAAUUUUUUUUGUUAUAUCAGAAACCUACAUUUUAUAUUUUAACAUUAUUUUCCAUAAUACCAUAUAAUAAAAUGAAUUGCUACCAUGUUAAUUAUUUAAGUACUGUAUGGGGGCUGUGCAGUAUGUUAAUGAUUUUUGUUUUUGUUUUAAUAUCAUGUACAAACAAAACUGGCUAUGUCCCACCUUUUGAUGAGUUAGUUUGGUUAUUAGAGGUAUUGGAACUUCUAGUUAAAUUUGUUUAGUGUAACUAUAAUUCAGCUAGUUAAUAAUACUUAUGGCCAUAUAUAUAUUUCUGUACAAACUAUAAAUGAAGUAUUGCAGUAAUGCAUUUUUAGCAUGCACUAGACAACCUGUUAUCCAACCUGGACAGAACCUUUCAAAAAAUCCAGAUGGACUAUUAUUGUAUUUUUUAAUAUACAGUACUGUAUAUUACAGUGUUUUAGUAAAGUACCUACAUCAUUACUUUACCUUUAUUGCUACAUUGAAGCAAAAUACUAUAGAAUUGGUCCUAUUGGUAACUUGCCAAGCAAGCAAAAUAUGCUCAAGUAUUGUAGGAUCAAUGUUAUCAACUUUGAUUCAAUGUUAAAUCAAUGUCAAUUUUUCAGAUUAGUCCAGGGGAGAGGGAAGUGAGGCUAAUAUAUUAGGACUUAUUAGAGUAGAGCAUUACUUGGAGAACAAGUUGUAAAUACCAUUUGUGUUAAUGUGGAUGGGAAUAUUUUUUCCAACUUUUAUAGGAAUUUUUUUUUUAACAGCAUUAUCAUUGAUGACAAAUUUGUAUUAGACUUGAACUUGGGAAAAAGAGAAACCCCUUCUUUAAAAAGAUGCAUAUCGAGGAAUAGUCUUUUUAACCCUUAAAUGUUGGCUUGGGCCAUGUAAUUCCCCAAGGCUGUGAUGCUCACACAAUAGAAUAAUUUUUCUUCCGGUGUUCAAAUACCGAUUGGUGCAAGUGGGUCAAGUUGCAGUUUAUCCGCAGGUAAACUCGGGUAAAGUUUCAUCCUAGGAAGAAUGUCAUUUGAUAGCACACACUUAUCAGGCCAACACAAAGUACAUAUACUGCAUCAUGCCUUUUUCCCCUGUUUUAGCGUAAUUAUAUAUCACUUGUUACAGUAUUUCAGAUACUGUAUGGGUUUUCCUCUUGGUAAUUUUAAUCCUAUUAUAAAUAGUAUAAUAAGAGAAAAGAUAUACUGUAUAUAUACAGUAUUUUCAAUUUAUUUUAAAUUAAAGACAUUUCUGAGUACCAAACUCCAUCAUCAGUGCUAACAAGAGACUAUUUACAUAGCAAAUUUAGCUAAAAGCAAUUAAAUAUACAGUACAGUUUUGAUAUACUGGUAUAUCAAUUAUAUAUACCAGUAUUAAAUAAAAUUAAUAUAUAUUAUUCAAUAUUAAUGUUAUAAAUUAUAAAGUUAAAAGAAAACUAGUAUAUACAAAUAAAAGACAAAGAUAUACCUGAUUUAUCUGAGAGCCACUAACCCUAGUGGCCUCAAUGAGGAUAGGAAGCCAGCGGCUUGUUAGCCUAUAUAUGUACACAAAAUAAGAAUAAGAUAACACAUGCUUGAGAGAUGGCAAUUAGUGUAUGAACACCUGAGUCGAUGACUCUUAAGCUGUUCAACUCGGGCUUCAUUUUAAAAACAGACACUUUCUAAAAUGUUAAGUUUAAGGUGAGAUGAACUACAAGACAACAGCAAAAUCCCUUUUACUACUGUCUUAUUGUUCGUCUAUGUUAAAUGUUUAUUACAAUUUAUAUUAUGACGAACACAAAUUUAUCCAUGAACAUGGCUUUACCAGAUGUAUGCGGUUGAGCUGUGUUUCAAUGGAUUCUUCUGUUACAAAUAUGAGCUGAUCUUGUCAGGAUAUCUGGUACAAUGAUAGACUCUUGUAAAUUCCACCUGGAAGGUGUGCCAUAUUUUGGGAUGGAUGAUUGGCUUGUGGACAUGACAGCUUAUUUCUUUGUUGGUCUGUCUCGAUGUCUGAUAAGUAGGGUAUUUGGAGAUCAUAUAACAGGUUGUUUACUGUAUAUAUUUGUUGAAGAAUAAGUUGCAUCAGUAACAUAUUCAAGUAAACCUUUCAGGAUGUGCUUUGAUCUUUAUUAAUAAAUACUGGACUGUAUACUUAUAGAAGGUUAUUUUUAUUCAGUACAACCAGUUUUUGGCACAAUGUUGGUUUUCUUUUCACGUUGUCUACCAACUAUUGUACUGUAGUAAUGCUGUAGUCAUUAGUUUUGUUGCCAUUGUAGAUUACAGUAUUGUACACAUAUAAACCAAUAAUUAAAAUAUAUUUUAAUUUAAAAUAUAUAUACAUGUCAUAGAAAUUUUGAAAUAUGCUGACCAGUUGCCCCUCCCCAUCCCCCCCAAAAAAAAUAUCUACAAUACAUCUGCAUUCAUUAAUUUCAGAAAACUGUCUGAUGUCCCCCUCUUGUCAUAGGAUCAAUAUCAGUAAAAUAAAUUCACAAAAGUAACCCCAAUAAUUCAGACUUGUAUGCAGUGUUUUCCAAUGUUUACAAAGUUCUAGCUAUAAUUCUUUGCAGCCAGGCCCAACGGUAAAAAUUAUAUAUAUAUAUAUAUAUAUAUAUAUAUAUAUAUAUAUAUAUAUAUAUAUAUAUAUAUAUAUAUAUAUAUAUAUAUAUAUAUAUAUAUAAAUACUAUAUAUAUAUAUAUAUAUAUAUAUAUAUAUAUAAAUACUAUAUAAAUGAAUGUACCUAAUAUAGGCCAAGUUGCCUAAGAAACCAAAUUUUCAUGAAAUAUUAUAUUUUUGAGAGUUUUGUUAUGGAAUGCUAAACAUUAUACAUGAUUUGAUUUUUUUGAGUAAAAAAAAAUAAAAAUUUUAUCAAACCCAUUGUGCUAACCUAACAUAACCAACAUAAGUCAGUAAUUCAUGUUCUUAAUAUAAUGAAAUGAUAUUAAAUAGAAUAAACUAAUGGAAAGAAAUAUUUGAAAAUAUAAAAAAUCACUUUGCUUGUUAGGCAAAUUGGGCAUUGCAUAUUAGGCCAAGUAGUGCAGUUCUGACCAUUAGGUACAACAUAUAUAUAUACUGUAUACAUAUAGGCAGCUCAUAACAGACCAUCACAUGUCCUGAAUGUAUUACUUAGUAUCUAUAACAUUUUAAAUUUUUUAACCAAUACCUUCUAAUUCAUAUUUUCCAUUAAAUAUGCAGUGUAAUAAGAUCAUUGCGUAAUGUACUUUAUUACACUGUAUAACUGAAAUGCAAAAUAGCUAGUUCCUAUUCUUCAAUAUGACAACACGAAGCUACAGUACCUUAAAAUAAAUUAUUUUAAUUAAAAAAUAUCGGCUUUAAGUGAAUUAAAAUACAAUGCAUCCAAGUACUCUUAAACUUUCUUAAUCUUUUGUUAAGUACUUUUCAUCAGUAGUACUCAGCAUGUUCCUUAAUGUUGUUAGAUGUGUUUUUGUUCUCAUUUUAUGACAAUAAAAGUGUGAUUCCAA